AGGCAGGACCACACCAGAGGCUGACCGCAGGCUGCGCCAGUGGGAAGAUGCAGGCCCUACUCUUCCUGUUGGCUCUUCUCUUGCCUCCUGAAGCUGGAGCUGAGGAGAUUAUUGGUGGUACUGAGUCGAAACCACACUCCCGCCCUUACAUGGCCCAUCUGGAGAUCACCACUGAGAGAGGUUUCACGGCCAGCUGUGGUGGAUUUCUCAUAGCCCAAGACUUUGUGAUAACGGCUGCACACUGCAAAGGAAGAGAAAUUACUGUCACUCUUGGAGCUCAUGACGUGAGCAAGAAAGAACCCACACAGCAGAAAAUAAAAGUCAAAAAACAAAUCGUUCACCCAAACUACAACUUCUAUUCCAAUCUGAAUGACAUCAUGUUACUGAAGCUUCAAAGGAAAGCUAAGCAGACUCCGGCUGUGGAUACAAUCCCCCUACCUAGACCAUCGGACUUUAUUAAACCUGGGAAAACAUGCCGGGCCGCUGGCUGGGGAAGAACUGGGGUGACAGAACCAACAGCAGAGAAACUGAUGGAGGUGAAGCUGAGAAUCAUGGAGAAAGAAGCCUGCAAAUACUAUCCCAAUUACAGCUAUAAGCUCCAGGUCUGCGUGGGCAGUCCCAGAAAGAUAAACUCGGCCUACAGAGGAGACUCCGGGGGACCUCUACUGUGUGCUGGGGUGGCCCAUGGUGUUGUGUCUUAUGGACGUGGAGAUGCAAAGCCCCCUGCAGUCUUUACCCGGAUCUCCUCAUAUGUGCCCUGGAUUAAUUCAGUCACAAAGGGCGAGUAGCUGGAAAGCCUUGCCAACCUGAGUCAGGGUCUCCAAGUCGGAGCUCUUCUAGUACCCCUUGGGUGAAAAAAAAAAAAAA